UAUUUCUUCAGGUGCAUACAGAUCGUUUCAACUUCGAGUGUAUAAUUAUCAUCCUCAUGGGAACCAUAAUUUAGGAACAUAUCUGCACUUAAGUUCUGAAACACUCCCUUCUCUGGUGUUCGGUGUACCUGCGUUUGAAUCAACAGAAGCAUAUUGUUUCUUUAGUCAGCAUGGGAGCAGGACCAUCUGUUCAACAUCCGAAGCACCGUCACUCAAUGCCACCUUCAACGUUUGAGAGGGGAGGACCAGCGCCUCAAGACAAGGUUUUUUCCAAAAUCUUCCACCGCUAGAUAAUUCUGUUUGAGCGCGAUUUUACACGUGGUGGGACGGUGCUUUACUGACCUAAUGUCUUCGCACAUCUAUUUCUUCUUUCGUGGUUCAUGGAAAGAAGAUCUUUGUACUGUAUCUGCUUCUAAAACUUCAAGGUAUCAUAACCCUGGGUGCACUGUGAUGUAUGAUACGAAGUGUUCACUUCAGUUGUGAUAUCACAUCCUCAGUGAUGUUUCGCGGUUGGGGUUGAAGGGUCUCGCAAUCUUCCGUUCAUGCCAGUCAGGGCCGUCGCAGUAAAAGGAUGGACAAGUUGCGGAGGAGUUUUCGCGACAGUUUUCGAAAGCGACGAGAUUUGCGAAGUGGCGUUCGUAUACCAGAAGCUUGCAAACCACAUCAGUGGCAGGAAGAUGAAGCUUCUGUUAGAGCCGGAACUUGUUCAUUCCCCGUUAAGUAUUUGGGUUGCAUUCAAGUGUAUGAGUCGCGUGGAAUGGAUAUCUGUGAAGAGGCGUUGAAGCAAUUGAGGGCUGGACGACGAAGACUUGUGAAAGGGGUACUGUAUGUUUCCGGAGAUGGACUGAGGGUUGUAGACGAUGAGACCAAAGGAUUGAUCGUUGAUCAGACAAUCGAGAAAGUUUCCUUCUGUGCGCCGGACCGGAACCACGAAAGAGGCUUUUCGUAUAUUUGUCGCGACGGGACGACGAGGCGUUGGAUGUGUCAUGGAUUUCUCGCUUUGCAUGAUUCGGGAGAACGGUUGAGUCACGCGGUAGGAUGUGCGUUUGCGCUUUGUCUCGAACGCAAGCAGCAGAGAGACAAGGAAUGCACUGUGACGAUGACAUUCGACGCUCAAGGCGCUUUCACUCGUCUUGGAUCAUUUCGGGCCGCCACGCUUACUGAGAGGAUUCAGGAUCCACAGGAUUUGAAACCAGUCGAGCCUCCGCCAGUGAAGCCUGUAGUAAAUCCAUAUGCGAUUGAACGUCCGCACGCUACUCAGUAUAUGCUCCAAAGGCAGGGAUCCUUCCGUGGAUUUCCGCAGUUGAAUUCGCAAGCACCUUUCAAGCGUCAAUUGUCCUUGAGACUCAGCGAUCUACCUUCAACGUUGGACAGAGCCCGGCAAAUCGUGGAAGAAGAACAGGCGGAGCGAAACCAAGAAUUGCAACAAAAAUCCGCGUUUUCUGAUUUGGAGCAAGCCAAUACCCCCGGCUUGCUCUCUGCCUUGGCACAAGAAGUUUCUCAAGGAUUAUCCUUGUUGUCUGGAGAUUUGGAUGACCCAUUCGAUGGAUUCUCGUCCAAAGGAGUCUCACCGGUUGAGAAUAUUUGCAAGGAUGAUAGGAAGUUUACGUCUCCAUUUUCUGGAGCUGCUAGUCCAACAAAUGCCGGAAUUUUCGGGGCGAAGUCGCCUUCCCCCGCUGUCAGCACCCCACCGAGGAGAAAGGAUUUAGAUCCUUUCGAUGCAGAGUGGGCAAAAGUCGCACCAGUUAUCCCAAAACUUCCCAGCGAAGAAAGUAGCGACGGGGAUCGUGUUUGCUCACCGCUUUCAAGGAAUGUCGUAUCGCCGGUAUCCACGAAUCCGUUUUUGGUCGACGCACUUCCCACGGAUUUCUCUGCGUCUUCCCCCGUGAAAACCGCGUUUGAAAUCAAGAUGUAAACAAACCGUAGAAGGAAAUGCCGCAUUGGUUUAAUAAAAUAGGAGCAACGGUUUACUCGUUCCAGAAAUAUCAAUGGCAGAGGUGUUAGCCAAGUUGGUGCUAGUGAAACGAUAUGAAAAGGUUGUUUCAUCAGAAUUAUAAGGCCGCAAUGAUAUAGUGCAGUCGUCCGCGGCACCGGAUGUUUUAAAGGCUAUCGGAAGUAUGUGGAGAAAAUCUUCGCAGAGAAUUGCCCCUCAGACAAUCUUUUCUGUGACAGAUACUCUUCGGAAAGAAGGUUUGUGUAGAAUUUUGCCCGUUAUGUUUAAGAAUAUUGCUUUCAAGGUAUAUUUUGCUUACGAUAUGAAUUGCGCAAAGUUUUGAUUUCGCCGUGUAAUUUUCAUGCUUAGUUUUCUGGAGUGGAAGAUUGUUUCCAGUCGAAAGAAAUGCCGUCCGACUGGCUUUAAACCUUGAGUUGCAAGUUCAAGCCGAUAUAUUUUUUACUAUUGGAUUUCGCUUCGAUUUUCUUGCUUGGUUGUCGCAAUUUCAAUGCGCCACACGAACAUUCCAGAGGUUUCUGUUAUAAUGCUUAGAUCUCGAUGUACUUUGACUCCGUAUUUUUUCCUGGUCAUCGUCGGCAUUUGAUUUCUCAAUCUCGUGUAUAUCCUACCGAAGAAUUCGAGUCAUAGGAGAGACAACCGACUCUCACUUUCCCCGAAAGCGGUGACAGAUUGACUUACGGACUUGCGUUUUGUUGGAAGGAGGCGAUUUUGCGACUUGGUGUUACUUUUUUUGUCUGGGCGCGAGAAACAUCGACGCUUCAAAUGCAGCGCCUGAUUUUGAUUUCCGGACACCGUUGAUGUUGGAAAAUUUGCGACUGCACUUUUUGAGCCACUUUUGGACGCUUGGAUGCAGCUGGACAUAUCGGACCUGAUUCUUUUGUUCAUGACAUUCCUUGAUUGUCUCCGAGCGAGAGGAAUUUUGUGCCAUGUGCGUGGGUUCUUGCUCAUGAGUCGGAAGGAGAAGUGACGCGAUUUUCCUUGUUUUUCGGGUGAAAAUAUUUUUCAUGUGCUUGUUGAGAGUACUUCCACGGUACUUGUUGACGUACGUCAAAAUACCAAACAUUCGUUUUCCUCUCUUAAAAUUAACCCUCGGCGUCACGCGGAACUUCUGUGUUGACGUUUUCAUGCUCCCACCACUUUUUUUUUUUACUUCAUGGUUGUUGCAUUCAGUUUGAAGUUCUCUUUUUUUCGGGUUUAGCAUUGGGGGUUUUUUUGCUUCAUUUGUGUGAAUAUGAAAUGGAACGAUUUUGGGUGGUCGGGAGCAUUGCGCUGUAGCUUACUUGAGUUGUUUGUUUCGAAGGUGAAAAUUUGCCUUUUCUCUCUGGAUGUAACUGAGGCUUUGCUUGUAGAGUCGAUUAAAUCUGUCGUCUCGUACGCGGAACUGUGACGAAAUCGUUUUAGGCAUAUUUUCAAAAUUUUUAUUCGCACGGAAAGUUAAGCGGCACGUUGACUUUUACCGCCGCGGAAGUUUUUUGCUGUACUGUACCCUGAAGAACGCAUUUGGUGAUGAGAAACCCUUUACAUUUCCGGGGGAAUGAAGCGAGUCCUUUUGUGGAGAGCAUCACCCCGUUUUCUUGUGCAACCUUACCAAAAUUAAGGGACUCAUUCAAUGUCAUAUCGCGGGAAAACGCACACGACGGGUUCGUUUUUUCCUUCCCGAAUUGGGCUUUCGAAAUUUUAACCCCUCGAACCCCCGUCCAGCACGAGAAUCGAGCAUUCGGAAAAUGUCGUCUUUCUUUGAACAUACGAGCGUCGGUAGGGUUCCUAGUAAGCUUAUAUUUUCACAUCAGAUGGAAUUGGAUUAUCUGGACGUGUGAAGGAAUCUUGUAGUGACGAGAAUAAUUGUUCGUUAAUUUUUCAGCAUGAAGUUUCAAGAAAGAGAGUGAAUGAAAUUUCAGUUGGUGAGUGAGCAGUUUCGGUUUCUUGGAGACUUCUGUUGAGUGUGAGAGUUCCGAUUUCUUGCAAUUCCCGAUAUGUUCGAGAAAAACCUGUUUAAAUUUUAUCCUAUAUUUUUCAUACAUGAUCGUUACGCUCUAGCAGAUAUCCUGAAUGUGGAUAGAUGUUACAGUACUGGCACCCAAUUUUUCCUCAGUUAUAGCUUGAGUCGUUGAAAGCAAGUGUUUAGCGGUGAGUUUUUAAGAGAUAUGUUCUGCAUUGUGAAGUAAUCGCAUGGAAAAUUUAAUCCACGUGAUUCAGGAACACUCCUAUUCAAUCAGUUUCGUCACGUUUGCUGCAGCGGAAACGCCUUUUACUCUUGAUUUGUUGAAAGUCUGCGAGGAACCCAAUCAAAAGUUUUCCUGCUCAAGAACCCAAUUUACAAGUCUUUUUCCUUAUAGGAUACGACUAAAAUAUCGCAAGAAAAAAUAUGAACUUGUCACUGAAAGAUAGUUCUACACACUCGUCCAAACCCACUGACAUUUGAUGAAAAAUAAAAGUUUUCUCGAAACUCAAUCAACCGCCGUAUAAGUUGGUUGUUAUCCGUGGCGGAAACGAUGUACUUGCGGUACGAAUAUUUCGGUGUUUUCUACUGGAAUAUUUUUAGCUGCCGCUUACUUAGCGCUCUGGUAGAUGGUUGUAAGCGUUAUAGUCCUGUAAGAAAAUCUUUGUUUUCUGAUGUGCGCUGGGAUUAACGUUUUUUACAUCUGUCUUGCCGCUGGUAACAAAAUUUAGUUUCUGGUUUCCGUCGCAAGUCAAAGUGGUUUUAUGUGAAACUUAUGCAAUUGAAGGGAAGAAAACUUUUAUAGCAUUAA